GUCCAGUGCUCUAAGAUGGUCCGAUAUAAAUACGGCGAGGCUCGGGAUGGCAGCAAUCAGUAGCCGCACAUCCAGCACCAUGAGAGUUCUGAUUCUUUCCGCCGCCCUCUUGGCUUGCGCCACCGCCGCGCCCUCUGGCAGCCUCAUAGCUCCCAUCAGCCCCAUCGCCCCCGUCGUAGCCGUCCCUGCUGUCAACUCCGGAGACCUUCAAGCCGCCCUCAUCGACGCCAAGGUCCAAACCGAGGACUACCUCCGCUCCAUCGCCGAUAAGAACCGCGAAGUCGUCGAAGAAGUUGUGGUCGACCACAACGAGAAGGUGAUCGAAGCUAAUGAUCAAGCUAAAGAAAGGAGUCUGGAGGCUUUCUGGGCUAAUGAGGAUAAAAAGUGGCAGGCUUUGAAUGCAGCGCAGACAGCGCAGGCUCAACUGGACGGGGAGCUGGCUAGAGAUUCCGAUGCUGCAGCCAAAUUUGCAGCAGCAGUGUCAGCAGUGGCGCAGCCUGUGUCUCCGUUAUUCUACACGCAGGGCUUCGUCACUCCCAACCUUAAGGUUGCUGAGGCACCCAAAGAGGAGAACAAAGCUGAGAAGGUAGAAGAAGCCAAAUCUGACUCCGUCCAAGUCGAAUCUGCGAAUGUGAAGACUGCUGAAGCUAGCGCUGAAUCUCCCAAGCCCGAACCAGUCAAGAUUGAAACUCCAACUAAAUACAUCGUUGGGCAAACCCCUCUUCUGUCGACUUACCCCAUUGUCCCCACCCUGAAGUUCGUCCCACAAAUCCAACCCUGGGGAUCAGUGGCGUACGUCCAGCCCGCUCUGAACACGGUGGCUGCAGUUCCAUACCCCGGCCAAGUCUUGGCUCCCACCGUCCUCAAAACUGUUUGGUAAGACUGAU